AUGGAGGCUAACGAGCGCGUGAAACAAUGCCUCGAGCGCCUUGAAGCGCUCAGGAUGGAGGUGCCGCGAAUAGCUCGGGUUCUGAGCAGCGCGGACGACGUGCUAGAGCGUCGCCACGGCGCGGAUGCCAACUGGGCGCCCAGCCCGGCGUCGCCGAUGGCCCAAAUCCGCGUCGCAAUGCUUGAUCGGAACGUUGAACGGCUUAGGAAGGCACACCGGCAGUUUAAACCCGUGGUCGACGGAGCCACGGCGAUGCUGGAGCGCAUCGAGAACGUCGCCUCAAGAAUCGCUGCUGCGAAGCGGAACAUGCAGGGUAUCGAGCAAAGUGGCGUGUAUUCAGAAAUGGACAGUGUGCGACAACACAUCGCACUCACGGAGAAGAGGCUAGGAGCGGUUAACAGGGUAGUGGAGCAACUGAAUCCGUCGAUCGGCAACAUCGACAUUGGGGGAGUAGUCGGGGAGGAUCAAGCCGACAACGCCGGAGCUGCCAGUAUGGAGCGAGUGCUCGAGGCGGCGCAGGGCAUAACGGAGUCCAAAAACUUCUGCGAUGCGCUACACGAACUAGAGUAUCUGAAGGGAUCACCAGUCCUUCACGAGGCGUCACAGCGGAUCAACGCGAACGUUGACCGACUGUGUGAGACGUGUUUCCUCGGUCUACAAAAGGCGUCACGCAAGAUGUCCUUAGACCUGUGCGCUGCCUGUGAUGACGCCAGCACUAUCGCGCUCCGGCACUCGAACUCGUUCGUGCCUCCGCCGGCAGGGCAUGAAAUCGACGAAAUUGGUUUUCAGCGGAUCUUCGAAUGCAGUGAUGAGGCGGGUGCGUCUUUGGCGCUUCGAGCACUGCGGCUUCUCCGCCUGCGUCCCACAUACCUGUACCACUUCGUUUCAGGCAUGCGCGAAAUCCUUGGGCAGCUGUCUACAAAGCGCUUUUCGGCAUACGCUAACGCUGUAUCCGUGGAACCGAACAACCGCAGCGCGUCGGUAUCGGUGGUGCUUGAGCAUCUUGUUAAGAAUGUGGAAUUCAUGAAAAGGUGCGUAGAGGGCAUAUAUGGAAACGCAGGACUGCCUCUAUCUGAAUCUGGUCUUAAAGAAAAUGGAGUGGAGUUCAUUGGGGCUCCUAACUAUCUCAGAGAGAUAUUGAGAAGGCUGGUCAACCCGCUGGAAACAAAACUCAACCGCAUCAUGGAACCCGGUUCGGUGAAGGGUGAUGAAAGCAUAGUCACCUGUGAUUCAGUAUUAGAUAUAUUCAAUGCAAUACACAUUUCCAAGAUGUGUGUUAAACGGAUGAAGGAGGUGCUAACCACGCCGUGGGACGCUGCGUCAGCGCCCGCCGGAAUAGUCAUCGGCGACCCACCGGCCGAAAUCGAAGUAGAUAACAAGGGCGAUGGUGAAGCUAACACCGAACGUGGGAAUUAUGAGGGCGUUGAUGUAGCCAAUGAUGUGGUCAAUAAAGACGCAGAUAACGAAAAGGAAAAGAAAUCGGCGGAUAAAAAGAAGAAAAGGAAAAACCGAAGAAGAUAUGGUAUACGGAGAAACUAUUAUCGAGAUUAUUCAGAUGAUGAUUAUGACUCGUACAGUGAUUAUUCACGUAGGUCAUAUAUGGAUGAUGAUGAUUACUACUACGAUGAACACAGUAGUUAUGACGAUGACAGUGAGAGCGGCUCAGAUGGAAAUCCGGAUACAAAGCCGUAUGAUCCUUAUCGAUAUCCGUAUCGUAAUGUGCCCCAAAAUACAAAAGGAGGCCAAGCUGGUGAGGAAAAUGAUUAUGUCGCCCACGAUCCGCUUAUAUCCACACUCAGGAGAACUCAGUCGGAUUGGCGUAACUACCUCAUAAGAAGCAUAAAUGACAGGAUAACGGCGCCGUUAGAGGCUACUGAAGCCUUUUUCAUGGAUGCUGCGGCCAUACUAGAUAUGGCAGUGCCACAGUCCGUUCGAAUCGUCGCGGACUUCAUCGCCGAUCUUACUAAUAUACAGGUGUUAUAUGAUGUGUCAGACGACUUUGAGGAGGUUCUGAGGCAAACGGUAGUUCCAGCGGUAAAUUGGUGCCGUCGAUCAGCAGAGAGGUGCGGUGAUACCUCGAGUGCGUAUAUUAUCAACUGCACCUCCGUGCUCUUAGACUCUAUGACCAGUGAGCUGGUGCCCGCGUUUUAUAAAGAGCCAUUGCAGGCCGAUUUGAACAAGAAAGUGGACUCCAUGGUAAGCACACUGGCCGCUGAACUUGAAACCUCUCUCGAACUUAAGGACGCGGAAUUAGAUUCUGAUAAGGCGGCAUCGGCAAUGAAUCGCAUAUCAGGCAUUGUAUUCGGAGACAGACUUAUGGAUUGCGAUAUACCGUCCAUGAAGCAACUUCGGCUCGUUACCAACCGAUACCAGAAGGUCAUAAAAUCCAGACUGUACGCCACGCUGGCUGACCAUUACGCCAAAAUCUCAAAAGACGGCGAUUCGCAGAAAGUGCAAGAGAUUAGAGAAGUUGCGACACAUCUAUAA